AUGCCAAUGAAACCUCACAAAUGGGGAUUUAAAUUCUUCAUUCUAUGCGGUGUAUCAGGAUUUGCCUAUGAUUUUGAACUAUAUUCUGGGCAGGAAAAUGAUUCUGAAAAAAGACCAACAACAGAACCAGAUUUAGGAGCGUCCAGUAUAUAUAGUCUUGGUACUGUAAGGAGGAAUAGGAUCCCAAAUUGUAAGCUUCCUACAGAGAUCGAAAUGAAAAAAGAGAUCAGAGGGCCAUCCUUUGAAUACAUGGAAAAUAUUGAAGGGGUAGAUAUAACAUCCUUAGUAUGGAAGGAUAAUAAAACGAGUCAUAUUGAACGAUAUGACCGCAAAACCAUAGCUUGUCCCAUGCUUGUCAAACAAUAUAACAAACAUAUGGGAGGGGUUGAUUUGUUAGACAGUAAUAUUGGAAGAUACCAUAAUACAACCAGAUCCAAAAAGUGGUAUAUAAGAGUUAUCCAACACCUUAUUGAUAUGGCAGUCGUAAAUUCCUGGUUAUUAUAUCGGCGUAUUCAAAGUGAGAAAGCCAAAUCAGAUGACAAUUCUGUUUUUUAUCUAUCGAAAUUUCGCCAAGAAGUAGCCACAACAAUGUGUCAAAUAAAAAAAGAAGGGGCCUACGUCUUUCGUACCGUCUACAGAUAUUCGCACGGAUCAAAUUGGACAUUUCCCAGAGUAGGCGAAUAA